AUGGAAUUUCAGUUGCCUUAUCUGACUUUGGAUUAUUCAACAGAUGCUGUCAGAGCAGCUGCUAUCACGCAUUAUGUGGUGCCAAAUAUUGAGAAAUAUGCAGUCGUGCUCUCUGGGAGCAUCGUACAGCCAUGCGUCUUGUGGCUACUCUUCUGUAGCUCUGUUCUCAACUGUGUCAUCUACACCAUCAUAUAUUAUUUUCGCAAAAAGGUCCUUGUCCUACUAAGAAGUGGCCAAGCGUUUUCUUCAACACAAAAUUCUUACAAUGUUGAACAAUUCGUCAAAGCUCUCACGCGGCAGUCUUUGGUACUCACUUUUGCAAUUUUUCCGCCCAUUAGUGGUUACCUAUUGAUACAAUUCGGAAUUCUACAACCUCAAGUGCUUGGCUUUUUUAUCGCACCUGGUUUGUGUUUGGGUCCCGUGCUUGAUCCGAUUAUCACUAUGUACUAUACAUCACCCUACAGAUUGUUUAUUAAGUCUGUAAUAAGAGAAUGGAAACUUCUAAUUCCCUUAAAUAAGCAACAAUUGCAAGUUCAAACGUUAGGAACGUCAGCUGCGUGA